AUGGCGACUUUGACCUUUCCUGCUCACAAGCUCUGUUGUGUUCGUGGCAACGACAACGACUUUCUAUUAGCAGUCACAGGCACAUGCAUUCAGUCACUUUCACGUUCCAACGGCGAGUUAUUGGAUGUAUGGCCUCGUGUUUCACCCGAAGACUCAAGCAGUGAGAACGAUGAGGAAAACGAACGACCGAGCAAAAGGGUGAAGCUGGGCCAUGCAGACAACCCGAGUCUGGGUCGUGAAGUUUCCGAGCUAUCGGAAGCUUCAAUUGAGAUUGUGGCAGAAGGAAAGCAGCGACAGAAGGGAGAGCGAAGACGCCCAAAGAUACCAGACACAACUCUGCCACAUAUAACACAUCUUGUGGUGGCCUCGGAUGGCAAGCAUGCAGUCGCUAUUACUGCAGAAGACAAGGCUGUUCGAGUUCUUAGCAUAUCUCCUCGAGGUCGAUUACGUCAGGAAUCGUUAAGGUCAAUGCCCAAAAAGUCGUGUGCCAUUAUCUUGUCGCCCGAUGAACAGAUAAUACUUACUGCUGACAAAUUUGGUGAUGUGUAUUCGCUGCCACUACAUCCACGCGCAGAUUAUCAGCGCAAAGUUGAACAACCUCAGCCGGACGGAUUAUUCGAGCCAUCGGCCUCAGCGCUGACUGUCCAUACGAAACGCAAUCUGGACGCCUUGAAACAACAGCAGAAGCAGAAACAGAAGCAAGGCAGGAAAGAAGGCCCGGACUUCGAACACAAGCUUCUCCUAGGCCAUGUCUCGUUGCUGACUGAUCUUGUCGUUGCUCAAGGUUCGGUGGGUGGAAAGCUGCGUCCUUUCAUCCUGACUGCAGAUCGCGACGAGCAUAUUCGCGUUUCGAGAGGCAUGCCACAAACACACGUCAUUCACGCCUUCUGUCUUGGUCAUACAGAGUUCAUUAGCAAGCUCUGUAUUGUGCCUUGGGCCCCAGAAGUUCUUGUUGCAGGAAAUGGAGAGCCAAGUCUUUGUGUUUAUGACUGGCAAAGCGGCUGCCAGAUGUCCCGAUUCGAUCUUCGUGACAAUCUGCGAGGCGAAAUUGACACUAUCGCAACAACAGGAACUCAGAGUCGUGAAAAGCUCUGUGUUUCUGGAAUCUGGCCUGUGACUGUAUCAUAUGCACAAUCAAAUACUACGGCAAGUAGCCUUCUCGUUGCGCUUGAGGGUUUGCCAGUGCUAUUUGGGUUCCAGAUGUCCGGCUUCGAGCUACGGCACAUACAGACUGUAGUCCUCGACGGAAAUGUCCUGGAUGUUGUACAGACGGCCCAGGAAGAGGUUCUGAUCAGUAUUGACACCAUUCAUGCGAGUGGCUCCUGCAAGGAGUUUCGACCUGGUGAUACUCUAGACACAGCUCGUAUCGACACCUUCACUGCCACCACGACGGAGCACACAGACAAUGGCAACAGUCGCAUCGACGAAGAUGCAAAGACAAGCGCCAUUGUCCAAUUAUUACCGUCCAAGAGAGCUGUGAAACAUCAGAUCAGACCAAUCCCUGCCAGUCAAACCACUAGACAAGAUGAACCACUAGAGAAUGAUACACGAUGGAAAAAGUAUGAGAAGCCAUAUAGUUUCAUAGGAGAACUCAUUUACGGCCUGGAAAAUCUUAGGAAGCGACGCGGCCUGCCAGCUGAAGAUGAAGAGGCUGAGAUGGAGGAAGCCCAGAUCGGAGACGAAGAGUUGGAAGGAACUUCUGAGCGUGCCUGA